UUUUGCUUUUCCCCCCAUGCCAUGUGUUAUCCUGGUACCUGCAGCAUGGUUAUGCAGAGUGAGGGGCAAGUAGUGCUCUGUGCCUUCCUUUCCCUUCCUUUCCUUUAUGGCUUCUCAAAUCCUCCCUGUGCAUCCCUUCACGCUGUGGUCCUGGAGAAGCUGAGUGGGAUCCCAGAAGGGACUGAGAGUGGAGGUGCCAUUCAGACAUCCCUCCUGUUUAUUUGGUGGAACCAUGCUGCAGUGUUAUCCUGGACUGCUCUGCUCGUGCCAGGCGUGUGAUUGUUGAUGGGCCUGAAAGCUGCAGUGCAGCCUAAAGGAGUGAAAACAUAUGUUUCUUCCAUAUCUGCCGAGAUGCAGAGAUCAUCCGUCACAGCUUUGUCAGUCCUGCAUCCAUCCUGAAUCCAGAUCGGUGCCUAGAGCAUCAGCUCUGCUCCGUGUGUGCCCAACCUCUGCGUAAUAUCCCCUAGUGCUCAGUCCAGUUCAGACUUCAGUAACACGAAGGGAUUUAAUUGUAUCUGGGAGAUGUGAUUUAUUGGUGUUUGAUGGAGCCCUGUGGUAGCAGUCUGGAGUUGGAUCAAGGCGUGAGCAGCCUCACAUCGGUGCCAUCCUGACAUUCCAGCACAGCAGCUGAAUUCAGGCCAACUAAGGACAGUGCAGAGCAAUUCUUUGGGAUCUCCAUUAGCAUCGUGGUGAUGUGCAGGGUGGCUUUGAAGCCUGGGACCCACGUGGGGUCAGAGCAGUGACCGCUUCACAUUCUUGCAGUCCUUUCUCUGCUCAUGUAAAGCAGCGAUUUGGAACAGCCUGCCCAGUCAUUUAGAUGAUCACUCUCUAAGCAACAGUUUGUCAGACUGUAAUUUUAAAAUUACACUGUGCUCUGCUAGGACUUGGCAGAACUUUCCCUAGGCCCAAGCUUUUAAAAUAGUAGCCCACAAAGGCACGAUUAAAAACACCAGGAAGAAGGAAGAGCGAUUUGAAGCAGUUUGAGUGUCUUGAAGAGAAUGCCCUGUGCUGCCGAGGCCGUAUUCCCAUGCUGAGUCACAUCCAAGGUUCAUCCAGAGGAGCCGGGCUGCUGUUUUGGAGAUCGAUGUUGGUUGACUGCUUUAGAGACCCUUAAAGACAUCACCGGUGCACAGCAGCAGCACCUUGCAGAGGAGGGUUAGAGGCAGCAUGCCUUAGGAGAAAUCAAUUUGGAAGGUAGGCACUGCCUCUCUCCUCCUUUAAUUUUCCUCCCCAUGGUUUCACUGUGCUGCUGUGAUUACAGCACGCUGGGCUGGGGUUACCACCUUCCACUGGGUGACAAGGACAAAUAUUCUUUGCCUUCAGAGCAACUGAAGGUUUCCCUAUUGUAUGCCUCUGCUGUCUGGGGAGUAUGUAACUUCAUGUCACCUGUGACAAAUACAGCAUUAGAAAUAAGCCUGCUAUGGGUUAAGAGCCUCUGUCUUGAGGUUAUGUGGCUGUUAUGCUACUAAAUGGCAUUUUAACUUACAAAGUCUGUCUCCGGCCUUAUUGCUCAAUGCUUCAGUUUGUGAGUGCCCGGUUUUGUUCCUGCUACCCUCGGAGCACAUAACUCAGCGUGAGUAAAGACGCCCAUCUGAAAUCAUAAUGUACAACUGCAUCAAGCCCCAUUAGUUAAGGAUUGGCUUGGUUACAAAUGAGGGUAAAACGCAUGCUCCAUUACUGCAUCUGUCUCUUCUCUGUGUGUGUUUAAUUUUCUGAACAAAGGGUGGGGAAUUAAGAGACACCUCUUUGAUACAUUUGCAGCCGUUUUGAGCCAGUACAGAUCUGGGAGAGCAAUUGUAUUUUAAUCAGCUCUGUGAGUCAUCACAAAAAACGCCAGCUCAGGUUUGAUUGCCGAGUUCGCAUUGUUGCUGAUGUGCAAGAUGUGAAGUAGAAAGAGCACAACUUGGUAUUUAGCUGCAAGACUGAGCUCAGGAUGCUGACAAUCUGAAAAGGCUCGGUUUUGACUUGUGUGCCAAACAAAUCUUACUGUCGGAAGAAGUUUGUCACGCCGUGAUGUCAUUUUCAUAGAGGCACAUUACAGACAGUGCCCACAGCUCAGCAGAGGGUUUGGGCUGAAUACGAAGACUUCUUCGGGAUUCUUCUAAGUCUCCUGGCUGGAAGAAAGCCAGCAUGAAUGUGAUAGUGAGAUGCGUGCAGAGAUAGCAAAACUGCUCACCUGAUAAAAUACUUGCAAAUCAAAAGUGUCAUUGAACUGCCUAGAGAAGGUGAAAAUUCUCAAAACUUUGCAAAUGCAAUGGCAAGAAAUACUCUAGAGAGGAUGGAGACAAGCCCUUUCCUUGUGGGAGGGUCGUCUGGGAACUGCUGUAGGAGUGGGCAUUGAAUAACGAAUGAGUUCCAGAAUAACCUUCCAACUCCAGCUUCUCCUGCCUUGUGUGUGUGUCAGUGGAGUGAAUUGAAGAACAGUUGUAACGUAAAAAGGGAUGUUUUAAAAGUGGAGGAUUUGGGAACUUCUGAAUUGAGUUCCUGCUGAGAAGUGACUCAGAUGGUAAAAUGGACCACAGUCCUGUAACGUGGUGGUGAAUUGGCACCAUAUGUACAAGGGAGACUCUUAUCCCCCUGGGUAAUUAUGUGGUAGUCAUCUAAAUAUUCAGUAUGUUAAUAACAAUUAUAAACAAGAAAGCAGUCAUAUAUUUGUUCAUGAUGGGCACAUGCAUAAAAAUGUCCUGGCAAUAACGAAGGGAAUUGGUCAUUUGCACAGUAAAAGAGCCAUAAUGAGAUAAAUAACUUAAUUUCCCACGCAUUUCUGGAUUUGGCCAACACGAAAGAUUUCAGUGAAAUGAUCACAAAACAGAUUGAGAUAAUCUUGGCCAAUAUCCUGCUUUUUGACAAAACAGAUUCUAAUAAUAAAAUCCUGUGUUUGAGCACUUAGCCCAAUGAAAGGCUGUCAGUAAUCCUUCCUUUUCAUGCUGUUUAAUGGUGUGUAGUGCCACUGCCAACCAGUCCAGAGCAGGAAGAGAAGGGGAGUUUUGUGCUGGGCUUGGCAGGGAGGUCAGGGCACAGAGCUGGCCGACACACGGUGGCACUUAUGUAAACCAGCUGGGAAUGGAAGGGAAUUAGAGCCAUGGCAUGAAGAUGGGGAUCUUCAGAUAGCUUCACUUAGAAAACAAUAUUUAAUCUGUUAAAACUCACUGGAGAACCGAAACAGCUGAAGCUCUGUCUAAAGCUGAAUCCAGUCCUGUUGUAGUAUAGCUUGAUGUUUGUGAACAAUCUCCAAAUUCUAGGUUGUUUUGAAGCCCAAGUAUUUCAUUUUCAUGGGUAUUUCAAGCAUGGAUCCUUGAAAUCCAUUUAAAAAAAUUAUUAAAAGAGUAAAGAAAACCACCCAGCUUAUUUCCCUGAGUCCCAGGUAUAUCUGCUGAAAGCAGUAUAAAUUUCAUAAGUGGUUUCACUGUGCAGGCUCCCCCAAACAGGCAUAUUGAUGUUAUUUAGCUUUAGUUGCCAAGCUAAAUGCUAGGACUGUGUCUUCACAUGCAAAGAAGCUAUCAGCUUUACAGAUAGCCAUAUUUUCAUAAGCUGCAUUUGGCUGUCACACCUUCUCCUGUAGUCUCUUGAUAUGCAAACAAGUCUCAGGUUAUAUAUGCUCCUGGCCUAUAAGCUAAUAUCCCUGAAGAGUUCCUGAUUAUCUUUCCAUUAACUUUUACUCUCCCCCACAUCCCUCAGGAAGGUUACAAGCAGGCUUUCCUUCACUAUGGGUUUCCAGAUGGUUACUUCCCUAGUUCCAUCCUAAAUGGAUUCUCUUGGUGUUGCGUGUUACCAAAGAAAUACCAACUGCGAUUUCAGUGCUGUCUGAAAGUACGUUAGGGAAAGCUGAAAUGGGACUUCAAGAAUUUGAAGUGUGGGGAAAGCAGCCUGGAUCUUAAGGCACCAUACCAAGGAACUGAAAAAACACAUGCUAUGUCUAAAGCAUAACCGUAGCAUCGCCGAGGUUGGAAGAGACCCCCAAGAUCAUCUAGUCCAACUGUCAAUAAUGUCAUAGUUCACCAUGAGAAGGUGCACUGCUGUUUGUAUAUGGCAUUUCAUCUUCUUGGUUGUAUUGACAAAAACCUUGCUGAACUUAUCUGACUGCCAUUCUUACGUUUUCUCAUCUAGUUAAUGUUGUUUACAAGCCAAUGCUCAAAGCCAUGUCUUCAUGGCAUUGAAUGCAGCACUUCAUUACAUCUGUCGUUUCCAGUCUCUCUUCUUUAUGGAGUUCAGAUUACUUCUUAAUCAGACUGUCGUAUGCUGUGUCCAUCCUGUCUGCACUCAGCAAUGAAAUCCUCACCUGUCCCAUGUCCAUCCUUCUGCAAACCGCUGCAACAGCAGAUCUUUGUGUGAGUGCAACCGGUGCUGUAUUCCCCAAUUCUGGGUCCGUGUGGUGCAUUCUGCAGGGGAGCAGAGAAGAUCCAUCCAUAGAAGUUGUGGACGCACUGCUGCCAUCACUGGUCUGUAGUUAUUAUUUAAAUUCUAAGUAGUACAGAAUAGCCUUUGAGACCUGUCUUUCUCUUGUCAUGUGUGCCUGUUUGUUUUAUGUCCACUUAACAACAUGCUGUGUGUUUCUUCUGGUUACUGCCUUAAACUGAUCGUAAACCUGUGUUUGCAAAUUCCUAUCAAUAUUCAUUGUUUGAAACAGGCUGCUGGCUCAGCUCCUUUAGAAUUAUUCAAAUUGAAGUGAUUAUAUAGCUGAAUAAACAUUUCAAGACAAGCAGCACGCUUCUGGUUUUGGUAUUAGCGCUUCUAGAAAAUUUACAAACACCAGAAGCUGAAUUUUUAAAGGCAACAGCCCACGUUGGCACUGUCAACAUUUACAUGAGCAAUUGGCUUCAUUUGGGGAGCGGGGCUGACUGCCCAUAUCCACAGGCAGCAAAAGCAUACUUUUUGAGUGGUCAUGCUGAUUUGGAGUUCUUGAUGCCUUUUGUGACCACUGAGCAGAAAUCAGGUGGCUUGAUUUUGGCUCCAGCUGUGUGGCAGUGCCUGACCUAAUUUGAGCCUGUGAUUCAUUCAAUUCCCCAUGCAGGUGUGGGAAGUCAAGGGUUUUUUCAAUUGCAUGUAUAAAUCUUGUGCUCAAGAGAUUACAGGUGACAUUACGCUCUUCCUUUUGCAAAUCUUACAUAUAUUUGCAUAUCUGUAUGUGCAUAAUUUUACCAGAAAUUCCCCUACAGUGUUUAAAGUCCUGUUGUGAAUGUCUCUGUCUGUGCAGGUCUGGAGUCUUAGAAGAUUAAGUAAGGGUGAGACAUUUAGCCAAGGGGUAACGACUCCGGUGUUCUUUUAAAUGUUUUAUCAAGUGGUUUGUCAUAUUAUUAAAAUAGCACAAUUUCAUAACAAUUGUGGUUGCUGCUUUAAAAAACAUCCUGUUGCUCAAGAGAGAUGCCGAGUUAACAAACGAAUGCAGGUUUUGAUGCCGGAUUCUGUCCAUGGAUGAAUGCUGGGGCUUUCCCCGUGUCCCUGUACAGCACGUUUUGGCUCUACUGCUGGGGAGGGGCAUUUGCCUGUAAGUACCCAUGCAGGUGGUCUAUAAGCUAAGCAAGCUGUUAUCCCACAGCCUUGGAAAGCGAGGGGGAGAAAAAGCGUGGCGUCUGGGGGCUCCUCAAAGUGCUGGAGUAAUGAGUUAAAUCAGCCGUGUCCUUCUUCGUGGGUCACAUAUCUUAGUGAGCUACAGGAUUUGCACCCUUGACACAAUCUUUAGAGGAGAACUUCCAAAAAGUAUGGGAUGAAUGUAGAUUAUGUGGGAAAUGAGUAGCUGGUGUGCUCACACAGCUCGAGUCAGCAGUCUCCCACUGUUAACUGAGCAUGUCCUUUAUGGAAAUUGGCUUUGUAACCCACAUUUCAACUGCUAAGGAGUUAUGAGGUCAGUAAGUGCAGUUCAGAUUUUAGCUCCUUUUGUGUAUGUCUUGGACUGUAUUCACCCCUGGGCUUCAUACCACCAAAAUCAAUGAAAGGAUGCCAAGAAAAAAAUCCAUCCCCUUAUAAGUCAGCUCCUCUGCACACGUGUAUUUCACUGAGCUACCCAGCCUAGCUCUACCAGGGCUUCUGCUUGCUGGCUCCUGCAGGCUGUAAUUUCUAUAUGGGCACUGAGAACAAUGAACUGCGGCAAAUCUUGGAUGGACUUUAAAUCCUGUGCCUAAAUUCCCCUUCCUGGGGAAGACCUAGUUCUACAAGAGAGCAAACCCUUGUGUCUCAGCCCCCUGCAGCGCUGUUACUCCUUUCAUGCGAUGUGCCUCAUGCUGGCCCAUGUGAGAGGUGAGCUGGGAUGGGGCAGCUCAGUGCAGGCAGUUCCCUGGUUCCUUCAUGAGCAGAUCGCCAAUCCCAAAGCUGGCGUCACGUAGCUGGGGCUCUGAUGGAAACAAAGAACUGAUGUCUGCAGUCCCUUUUAAUGACAGACUUCUAGCAGAGACCACAGAAGUGUCUUGCAGAGUUAAUUUCUGCUAAUGAGCAAUUAGCCAGCUCAGCGGCUGACUGCUCCUGCCCCCUUGCUUGGGUGGUCGGGGCUGAGCACAGCACUUCCCAAGGCAUGGGAGCACCCUCACCUGGGGUGCGUGGGCUGCAGCUGAAAUGCCCUUUCUCUGAAGCUGAGGGGUUUAUUUUCCAGCUACAGUCUUGCUGCAUUACCCUAAAUAUCAGUGCUGUUUUUUGUUGUUUUUUUUUUUAAUACUUAAUCCAACCUGAGGAGAUCUGUGGGUAGGCUUUUUUGACUGCUGAAAUGGAGGCUGAACUUGCGUGGGCUGAGCGUAUCUAGUAUGAACGUGCUUAGAUUUGGGGACAGCUGCAGAGCACAUCGCUGCUUCCUCGGGGCUGGCGGGUGCCAGUGUUGGAGCGUGCCUGGCUGCCCUGGUCGUGCCAUGGCAGCGGGUGCAGAUGGUGCUCCAGAAGGGGAUACCUAGAAGCUCACAAGCUCGUUUCUUUUAGGGAGACGCAUCCAUAUGCUGCUCAUACAGCACGAGAACCAGCUGAUCAGUCUGCAGUUCUCUGGGGCUGCUGGAAUGAUAAAAGCAAAUUCUAUAGCUACAAAUGGAGCCUGGUGCUGGCUGUGCUGUACAACCCCUGCGCUCUGCAUCUCUCCCCAGGUGGUGGGUAAAAUCCUGUAUCCAUGUGUCAUCAGAGGUACUGGCAGGCCUUACAUGGCUCUUCAGGAGGCACUGAUGGUGUCUGUGGAAAAAGUUUAGACCCUCUUCCCUUACAUGUUUUAGCAAUUUUGGGAGGAAAUAAGAAGUCAUAUGAAGCAUAGCCCUACCCAAACUAGAGCAGUGAUGGGGAAGGUGCUGGAAUUGCUGUAGUUAUGUACUGGGGUGGAGUGUGCUUAUAUAAAAGUGUAUGUGCUUUUAUAUGUGUGUCUAUAUAUACCUGUGUGUGUGUGUGUAAUGCCCAAAAUGCAUCAUUAUGCAUUCAUGUAUGCAUGUGGAGUCUGUCUGAGGAGGUACGUGUAUAUAAAAAACCAUGAUUUAUAGGUUUUUAAACCUUCCUGACAGGCUCCAGGAGACCAAUUUCUGAAUGUAUGCAAAGAUUUUUGACUGGGAGACAGGUAGCAGUAGGUGCUAAUAAAUGAAAGAACUGCGAGUGAGAUGUUGUGACAUGCACCUCUCUGAACAACCUGCGGAGCGCUGGCAGAAUCAUCAAACCGAGCCGAGAGUAAUCAGCAGGGACUGAUAAAGCUGCUCUUGUAAUUAUUUGUUUGAUAUACAGCUUUCCUUCUUCCUUCUGCAUAAAGAGCAGAAUCGCUUUGCUUAGUGUGGGAGGGUUUUUAUUCCUGUCAAGGCCUGUUCUCACCGAGAUGUCACGAGAGGAGGACUUAAGUCUGCAUUUUUGUUUUAUUUACAGGCUUUCUGUUGUAAUUCUGACAGUGUGCUGUGGAGACGGUGUUCAUUUAGAUGGGGAGAGGCAUCCUUGCUCGUGCAAAGCUGUCAGUGCUGCAGGAGCCGGACUCACCACGCUGCUUUUUUAAGCCUUUGAUUCUUCCAGGUUUGGUCUGGUAGAAGCUGUCCUCGAGAGGAGGUCUGAAGGCCAUCCCAAUGGUACACCCUGCAUGUUUAGGAAGGCAUGCCCCAAACGCUGAGUUCUACCAGUAUGUUUACCCCAUGUAGCUUCAGCCCUCAUCUACAUUCUUCAAAAGAAGAUGAACAAGGAGGACUUAUCUUCCAGGAUGGAAACCUUACCUCAGCAUCUCUGGAUGCUCUAAUCCAGCAUCUCAUACCCACCACUGAUUACUACCCUGAGAAAGCCUAUAUCUUUACAUUCCUGCUGAGUUCCAGACUCUUCAUUGAACCCCACGAGCUUUUGUCCCGAGUUUGUCACAAGUGCAUUGAGCAGCAGCGGCUGGACGACCCUGUGCUGGACAAGGCACGGAUCAGAAAAUUUGGACCCAAAAUCUUACAGUUGCUGACGGAGUGGACAGAAACAUUCCCGUAUGACUUUCAGGAAGAGCGGAUGAUCGGCCAUCUGAAAGACAUGAUUCACAGGAUAGCCCCGUGUGAUGAGGCCUACUGGAAAAAGAUGAAUCAGCUUUUGCAGACCCUGAAUCAGAAGCUCGCCACCCUCAGCCACGGGCAAGAAGGGAUUGUCAAGAUCAAUGCUGCUGUCUCUGACAAGCUGGUUGCCUUUAAAAGUAAACCUCCAUCAAUUCAGAGAGAAAUCCUGAGCGUCUGCAGUGACCCUUACACUCUGGCUCAGCAGCUGACACAUGUGGAGCUGGAGAGGCUAAGUCACAUUGGACCUGAGGAGUUUGUGCAGGCAUUUGUACAUAAGGACCCUCUGGAUGGCACCAAGCCUUGUUUCAGUGACCAGAAGACCAGUAACCUUGAGGCCUAUGUGAAAUGGUUCAAUAGGCUCUGCUACCUCGUAGCAACAGAAAUCUGCAUGCCUGCAAAAAAGAAACAACGAGCACAAGUCAUUGAAUUCUUCAUUGAUGUUGCCCGAGAGUGCUUUAACAUAGGGAAUUUUAAUUCACUGAUGGCUAUCAUUUCUGGAAUGAACAUGAGUCCUGUUUCCCGGUUAAAGAAGACUUGGUCAAAAGUAAAAACAGCCAAAUUUUUCAUUCUUGAACACCAGAUGGACCCUACUGGUAACUUCUAUAACUACAGAACGGCAUUGCGGGGAGCUGCUCACAGGUCCCUCACUGCACACAGCAAUAGGGAGAAGAUUGUGAUCCCCUUCUUCAGCCUAUUGAUCAAAGACAUUUAUUUUCUGAAUGAAGGAUGUGCUAAUCGCCUUCCAAACGGACAUGUCAACUUUGAAAAAUUCCUGGAACUGGCUAAGCAAGUAGGAGAAUUUAUAACAUGGAAGCAAGUGGAAUGUCCCUUUGAACAGGAUGCUAACAUAAUCCACUACCUGCACACUGCUCCCAUUUUCACUGAAGAUGGUUUAUAUCUGGCUUCUUAUGAAAGUGAAAGCCCAGAAAACCAGACAGAAAAAGACAGAUGGAAAUCAUUAAGAUCCACUAUUUUAGGAAAGACUUGAAGAUUAGGAGAUUACUGCAGUAGGUCAAAGAAAAGAAAUCCGCAAACAUUUUGCACUACUGAUUCCAAAGAUGCCUGUUUGGGAUUUAGACAAAUUCUUUUGUUUGAGUUUUUUGUUGGCCUUUUUUUUCUUCUUUUUUUUUCUUUUUCUUUUCUUUUUUUUCUUUUUUUUUUUCUGACUGCCUAUCGUGCUGGAUGAACUGGAUUCAUCCACUGAAAUCAACAGAACUGUGCACAAGGACGCUUUUCUAACUCUGAGACAGAGAGGAAGGACAAACAUAAUUUGUGGCUGUGCCCAAACUGCGUCAGGAUCACUGUAACUUUUGCCUCUGAAGGAAAAACAGAAGAAAAUCAGGAGCAUGGAGAACCAUGGUACUGCAGAAGAGAAUGGAAAAAGUGUAAAGAAAGACAAAAAAUAGACAUCACUAUUUCAGAAGCAGGUGCUUCAGACAGCAGCUCUUUUAAACCUUCUGAGGAUUAUAAAAUUAAAUCAGACACAGCAGCAAUCUGGUUAAUUGCUGAACGAAGAAAGAACUUAAUGUAACAUUAGCAGUCCCCCAGCCUUGUUGAACAAAGCACUGACUGCAACAGGUAUAAGCUUCCAGUGGAUGAGAAUGACAUCGCUCGCUCAUAGAUAUCCAUGUAUGUCACAUACAGAUCACGUCGGCGUGGGAGAGCUGUGCAAACCCCAUGAAUUUUUACAGAGAACAAUCUGAAGUAUGACUAUUGCUUAGUUACUGUUCCUGCCACUGCUGUUGUUUUUCUUACUGUGAAUGCUGGCAGAUCUGAGGAGAUUGUAGAGUGUAUAUGGUAUUCCUUAAAGACCCCCUGCGCCCAAUGUUUAAAGCUGAACUGAAGAAGAUGGACUCAGUUUACCUCUGUUCAAUGUGUGUAGCCUAUUCCCUCAUUUGGUUCCUGCUGAGGUGCAUCCUUUAGAGGGCUUUAUCACGCUUAAAGAAAAAGGAUACUGCAUUAUUAUACAGUAUUAUACAGUACUGUUUAUUUUGCAGUUGGAUGCUAAGAGGAUAGGAAGGAAGCAGUAAUUGCUCUAUGAGACAAAGGGCAAUUUCUUUAAAAAGGGUUUCAGACUAGAAUGAAUGGACUCAAGUACAAAAUCUGUCAUUCGUUAGCAGAUAACCAUUUUCCUCCUCUUUAGUUUUUAGGUUCUAAACAGUAUCUACCAUUUCCUUACAGGUAAUAGCAAGCGGGGACUACAUCUUGUUUUUAAACUUGUACAGUGAUCAUGGUGCUACUUUAACAUAUAUAAUAAGUGAUAAUGAACUACGUGGAUGUUGGAGUCAAAAGCCAGAACAGUUUGUGUGUGGAAGGACUGUAUGUAUGUGGAAGGGCUGUUCCCACUUGCCCCCCAAAACCUCAAAAAGCUUAGCUGAAACCUAAAUGUCACGUGAUUCUUUGCUUUAUUACUGACUUGAUGCUGACCUUUCAGGUGUUCCACUCUGUCUAUACAGGCAGGACAUAAAACUUUCUUUGAAAUCAUUAACUGCUCUGUUUCAAUUUAGAGUGAUUCCAAAUGGCCGUAGGAUUUGGAAAACUGAAGCUGGUCAUAAAAGCUGGCUAUACUGGCCUGCACGUUUAGACAGAAGGCUGAAACUGCUCCUGCCCAUUGCCUCACAAAGGUUGUCCGUGCCUGAGUGAGGUGUUGAAAUAUGAGGCAUUGGUGAGGCAGUAUUUGAGGGCAGCCCAGGCAGCUGAGCUGAUCUUGAGAACAAUGGCCCGAGAUGUGCUCUGUGUCACAUGCUAAAGCUUGGUACCUCCAGUGCAGUUCUUAGGUUGGGUUUUGGUCUGUGGAAAGCUGUGCAAUCUGGAUCGUGGCCACGUGGCAUCCAUCUUGCAGCGGGCUGAGAUGAGCAGUCGAGGCGAGCAGGACAGCUUCUUCUAGAUGUGCACACAUAGGGACGUGAUGCAGAGUGCUGACUGCGCUUCGUUUAUCUACCAGCACACACAGGUACAAGCAGGGGGAACAUACAAAUGUCAUGUCUGUACUUGGGCUCUGUAUGGAAGAAGUAAGUGUGAGGAUGGGACGGUCCUUCCAGCCGGGGAGCAGUUACUUCAGUGAUACUGUUGAUGUACUGUUUGUUAAUUCUUGUACAUGAGCUGAGAGCUAGACAGGGAAACACACACACAUAGCCAUUGCUUCCAGCAGAACCAUCUCCAAAACAAUGCCAUUAAAAAAUGGUUUAAUUCCAACCAAACCCAGAGCAAUAACCAUAAACAUACCCAUAAGCAAUGGUAGUGCUUACAUGUGUUUGCUAAAUGGUCUUUUUUAUGUAAUGUCUGCAUCUCUUUAAUAGGCACAGCAUGACUUCAUGGCAGAACAGGUUUUUUAGCUAUCUGAAACCCACAGUGGGUGGGUGAGCCCUGCUCUAAAACUGCUUUUUAAGGUGCAAAUGAUCAUUUUCCAGUAGUCAAUAGAGGCCGGUACAGCUGAGGUGAUAACACCCAAAGAUGAACUGAAUUUUGCUUUCUCAUGAUAUUUUACAUCCUUGGGUACCUUCCAUGAAUUCAGGCAAUUCUGUAAGUAUGAGUUCAAAUUUGGUCUCACAGCAUUUAUCACUGCUGCAAACUAAAUCACAUUCACAGUCCAAAAUUUUCAAGCCCCGCUAUUUAAAAUGGAAGCAUUGCAGUUAGAUUUAGGGAGGUAUUAAGGGCUUAGCGGGACUUUCAGAAGCACCAGAUCAUCUUUAAGCCUUUAUAUAAUCCCACAUUUAAAAGGGUUUUUUUUCAAAGGUGCUAAACAUCCUCAUCUCUCAGUGGAUACUGAAGCAAUGAAUGCUUCAUAGAGGUACAUGGCAUAUUGAUGCCAGAACACAGAACGGUUUAUGACCUCCAGAAAUGCUGCCUGCACCUUGCAAAAUAACUGUAAGGCAUGUAGUCAUGAGACUUGCAUGAAGACAAGUUACAGUUAGUUAUUCCAUGGCUUUCCACCACUGUUUUUUGGUGAAUUUGCCUCCCUGCAUAACGCUAAUGCAGCACAGAGAACAGAGCAAAACUAGAGCUGGAGGUCUUAGUGGGACUUUCAAAGGACCAGAUCAUCUUAGGGUGUGUUAACACCUUAAGAGAUGAUACAGUCUUUCAGAAGCAUUAGCUUAGCUUCUGCCUAUACAGCAAUAUUUUAAAAGACCUAAAUAUAUUAAAUCACUUCUGCACCUCCUCUUGUAUAAUCAGAGUGGUGGUACUGGACCUAUUUUUCAUUUUUUGAGAGUGCCAUUCUGCACCAUAGGGCUCAAUCCAAAGCCCAUCAAAAAACGAGUUGUGUGCCUUCAGCUUGUGUUGAAGUCAGCAGAGGAACUUGCUCAGUGCCUUCCAAAAGACAGUUAAUCAUACAGUCUCGCCCUCGAUUUCGCAUCGGCAUCAAUCACAUCACCUCAUUAAAGGUGGAUGGGUAAUUAAACAUAGAUCUCCUGGCCAUGACUGAAUUUGGAAGGUCAAAAACCUGUGGAGUCUCACCCAGAAGAGCCCCACACAGCAGGGUGCACUUGGGUAGCAUAUUAUUAUCCCUCUGCUAGGCAGGUGGCAGUCCUACUGUACAGCUGGUGGGAGCUCCCCAUGCAGAGAACAUGCAGGUCUGGAAGCAAACUGUGAUCCCAGCAGUGCUGGGAUGAACACAGUACAGACACGGCUACUAAGGCACUUCAAAUUAGAAUCGGUUCAAGCAUAGAGAUGUUUUCCUUAGCUUGGAAAUACAUUAUGAUGUGGUCAGUAUUGAUAAGAUAAUCACCUGCUCACAAAUGGAGCCAGUCCGUUACUGAUACCUUGGUUAGUUUAUCACGUUUUAUUGCAAUAGUAUAUGCACCUUUUCUUAAAGCACAUGAGCACUGGUUUGCACAAUGGUAAAUCCAGCUUAGAACUGCAUUCAGGUUACUGAAUACGUAGUUGGAGUUAUCAAAAAGAAAAUGUGUUGGUAGAAAAGAUGUUGUUAUGCAUAUCAGUCUAAAAAUGUUAUACUGUUAACAAUAUCUGGCCUAAUAAUGACUGUGUUUUAUGGGAGAGACCAAACUCAAACUCAGUGAUGUGCCAGGGGAUAAACUCCAAUUGAUUCUGAUGGGUUUUGGAGCAGUCCUGCAACUGUAACUGCAGCACUGCUCCAGGUUAUUCAUAGGGAUUAAAUGACAUUGGCAGCUUGAAUAGUCCUUGGCCUUUUGUUAGGGCCAGUUGCAACUCUCAGAUGGGCAGGUGCACUUAAUGGGGUGAAAAUCCAGCCUUGGCAAAAGUCUUCUCUGACGUUGCUGAAGUUUCAGAAGCAAAUUCAAGGACUGAAUUUGAUCCAGAGAAUUAAUUCACAUCUGAGAGCAGAAUUUGGCCUUCUGGCUUUGAAACCUUUUUUCUUUUUAAAGUGGUAGAAAUGUCUCAGGAGUGUAUUUUAUCAGAAAUUGAAACCUCUUUGCUUGUAAACGGAGUAUUUCCAUUGUUGCACCUGCAGAAUAGGAUUAGGAAGAGAUGAGGAAGCAUGGCAAAGCUCUCUUCUCAAAGGCUCAACUGUGAGCCAAAAACUUUCUUCUCUUUUUUGUUAAUGCUAUCUGUUAAGUGAAAUUACCUCAGUAUUUGGUGCAGGGAAUUACUGAGUUGUGUCUGGGGAACAGCACUGACAUAUCCGGUAUCCGUACGGCAGUGCAAACACUGACGGGGGUGCAGCAGUGAUAGAUGUUCCAGUACAAACUGCCAUGCAAAUUCCUGUCCAAGCCCUGAGGUUUGUGAAGCUGGGACACAAUGCUUUGGAAAGGUAGGACGUUUCUUGGAAGUUCACCUGAGGCAAAACGUAUUUCAUCCUCCAUCCAACAGAAUAAUUACAAGGUCUUGGAACUAAAAGAUCCUCUGGAGGGCUGGAAACAGUGCAGAGUUUGUUACUUUAUUGACAGAGAUUUCAAGAUCCAAGCAGCGUGGUAAAAUAAGUACUAAAAAAUUAUGAGUUACACCUUGAUGGUUGUUAACUUUUGUAUUUCACAGCAUGGCAGCAGGGUGGAAAAAGAUAACUGUGCAUGUGCUAUUCCUAUUAAUAUUAAUGGCAGCUGGGCAGGCCAAGGCAGGAGAGAAUACAGUGUCAUAUAGUGAUGCAUGCAGCGAGUUGUACCGAUACUUUUGUUGUAACUCUGGGUAUGUUGGAAAGGAAGCACACUGCCUUGGAGUGUCCCUUUCUCUGCAGUCACCAUUAGCUGCUCUGUAGUCCCUGAGCUGAGCAGGGGUGGCAACAAACAAGUUGCCUUUUUUUUCAAUGGAACAGAUCUGGGGGUGAAUCUGUUUUGUAUUUAUUUCUUUUACAGUUCUUUUUGCAUAUUUUCAGAUAUGCAAAAAAUAUCAGCUGCAUUGUCAGUGCGCACAGAAGGCAUCACAUUCUGCAUUUUUAUACUAUGCAAGAUGUAUAUUAGAAGUUAAUAGCUUGUACGGGUGGCAUUUCGUACCCUCUGCAGAGGUGCAAGACACUGAAACUCAGGCUAUAACCUCGGUUACAGAAUAAAGCUAACUAUGGAUAACUUGUCUUGAUCUCUUGCCUUGCACUGUGGCCAAACUCAGACUGUAAUGCUGUAUGUUCAGAGUGGCUUGGACUGCCAUCUCUCCCCUCGAUGCCUUUCCCUCCACAGAAUUGGCAUUUUGCUCUAUAAACAGCUCUUGCAGAAUGCCAUGGGAAUAUUUUUCUGGUUCUCUGCCGUACGUGGGCUCUGCACUCAUAUACCAGAGCUGUCACUUCAGGAGUCCCUUCUCCCUUCCUUCCUGGCACCGGCAGUACCAGCCCAGCCUAAAACUGCAGUGCGGCAGUGCUCCCAGGCCUUCCUGAAUGCAGAAGACUUCGAGUUCAGCACUCACAUGUCCUGUAAGUUCAAUACCUGUACAGUAAACUUCAUUCUGAAAUGUGCACAGCCUAUUUAAUGGACCUGUGACCAGAAAAUCCCAGAACCCAGCUACCUUUUAGAGAAAUGCAACUUCCUCAGUGAGCUGUAACUGGUCAGUAUUGCAUCAUUGCUUUCAUCAUUUAAUUAAGCUUCUACGAUCCCCAUCUCUGGGGGACAAUUAAGCGUGUGAUUGUUUCCCGAUGUUUGGCAUAUGAGUACACAGAGUCAAGAAAAUGGGGGCUACAGUCUAGACAGCUGACAUGAGAUGUAUUUUCAUAACAGCCCAAGCUGGGUUACUGCUUAUAGCAUGUCCUCACCCUGAAGAAGAAGGAAUUGCUCAGUAAAAUCCUCCUAACUCUUAAAGCUUUGUGAAAGAUACAAGCACACAGCCAUUAGAUGUGUUUCAAGGUAUGAUUCUUACAAACAGGCAAGUACUUCCCUUAGGAGUCAGCCCGUAAAAUGAAAUAAACUGCCAGUACGCAACACAGAUAUGUGUUUGGAUAUGGAUUAAAAGACUGCUAGGUACUGAUAGUGUGAAGAAGAGGAAUGAGGGGCUGUGUUUUUUCCAUGGCUUUUUCUUUAAAUUAAGCUAUUUCAUUUUCAGGCCGAACUGAAAUCCCCUUUACCCUCCACCAAUACUCAAACCACGUAGAUUUGUUGGAAGUCCUCAAAGCAAUUAGCAACAUUUAUCAACUGCGCAGGCAGAAAACAGUAAGGUUACUUGAAAGUGGCUGUUAUGAUUUCGUGACUGUACAUAGAUAUUGCAAAAUGUUAAUGGUAAAAUGCAUACUGUACCCCCAUAAACACUGCAAGAAUAGCAUGGUCAUUGUUAUGCUUUAUAGCUGUUGUGGAAAAUGUCUUAACCCGCAUUCAUGAUGAUAGUGCCAAUCCUACUCCCAUGCCUUUUUAUACAGUUGUGGUAAGAUUGUUAUGAAAUCCUUUUGUCAGUCAUGUUCAAGCUAACUUACCUGUGUAUAGAAUUUAUAUAUUAAAACCCCCUAAUUUAUACUGUGUUUUAACAGUUUGCCUGGACUGUCUAUGGUUUCUAAAUUUUGUAAUGUGAGUGUCAAUAAGAAGAAUAAAAACAACUGGCCCAGC